AUGUUGCCGAAAAUUCGCCGAGUUUCAUCGAUUUUAUACAAUAAUAUUAAUGAAAAUAAUGAUGGUGAUAAUUCAUAUACACAAAAUAAUAAAUUGCUACAAUCAAUUGAAUGUCUAAGUAAUAAAAGUACUGAUAGUGCAGAAGAUGAAAACAAUAUUUAUAUUGAAACAUUAUUGUAUAUCGUACAUGUUGAUGAUAUUGACUUACCAGCAUCAAUCACUGACGAUGUAAGAGACGAAAUGUACUAUGGCAGCGAUGAACAGCAAUCAAUUUCAUUAAAUAAAGUAAUAAAACGUACAGCAAAACGUACGACAGCCAGCUUCAAUGAACGUCAUCAAACAUCUAAAGCAUCCAUAUAUACACGACCUUCGUUUAGUUUUUCUAAUCCAUUACGACGUCUGAAUAGUUUACUCAAAGCAAAAGAAAAUGCACCAAUAUCAAAAUUAAACGAUUCACCGUAUAGAUCAUCAAUGAUAAAAAGAGCAUCAUCUUUUGUUGACCAAUCUUGUUCAAAAAAUCAAAUAAACAAUAAUGAGAAGCACGAAUACGUAUUUCCUCAACCGCCACCAUCAUUUCUUUGUGAUGAUCCAGUAGCAAGUAGAGAACAACGACCUAUGAUUCGUGCUCAUGGCCCCGGAUUAUCAGAUGGCUUUGUUCAUGAUAAUUGUCAUUUUGAUUUGGAUGCACCCAAUGCCGAAUUACAAAAACUUGUAAUUGCUAUUGAUGGCCCAUCAAAAGCUGAUAUUCAAAUUGAAGUUAUUAACAUCGAUGUGUAUCGAGUAUUUUAUACAUGUUUAAUAUCUGGUAACUAUCAUAUAUCGAUAACAUACGAUGGUGAACAAGUCGAUAGUUCACCAUAUCAUCUACGUCUGUGUCAUCAACCUUUACUAGAACAAGUCGUUCCACCUGCUCUUCUACCUCGCGUAGGCCCACCUCAUGCUACUAUUGAACCAAUUGAAUUUCAUGUGAAUACGUCAUGUAUAGUUACUGUUCGACCUGCUAUACCAUGUGCUAUUUUUCAAGCUUAUAUUCAAGCACCACAAAAAAAUAUUAAUCUACCAAUUACGGUUCAUAAAUCAGCAAAAGCAGAAUGUUAUGAAAUAUAUUUUGUGCCGAAUACAUGUGGAAACCAUUGGCUUAAUGUUAGUCUUGAUCAUGCGCCAAUAUAUGAUAAUCCACAUCGAUUGAUUGUACGACCAUCUUCUUCUUCUACAAAAUCAAUAACUGUCAGUGGGCCAGGUUUAUUUCACGCUUAUACAGGUAAUCACUGCUGCGAUGGCCGAGUGGCUAUGACAUUGAACUAG